ACUCCCUAUUUUUUUGUUUCAUGGAAGUCAAUGAACCAAGAAGAAUACCAGACCCAGCUGCUGUCGUAUUGGUGUAUAUGGGAGAGCCACCCCCUUAAGUAGACAGGAACGGAUCAUUUUUUGUUCGAUUGUUCACUCAGGAUGUUAACCAUCUUCAGCUAUCCAACAUCUUUGCUGCCUGUGCAUUGAGGUCACGCGCAUACAUUCCUGGGGGAGGGCGGGAGUGGAGGGAACUGCCUGAUGAAACGUUAUCGACUGGUAGUGAAGAGCAGCGUCGACUAUUGUUAAAAUCAACCGUGAUCUUCCGUCUGUGAGGGCGAGAGUGAGACAAGAGGACGAAAAUCCGUGUUCCCUGUUUGUUUAGAGAAAAUAAUUAUAUAUAAGCAACGUUGGACAACUCUUUCAUAUUUAAGCUAUAUAGUUAUUUAUCUAUCUUAUCUGUGUGAAGAUGAACGGGGUAACGCGGAGUCUGUGUACAUUUGAGGACCUCAGAGCUGAUGAGAGAACAGCGGAUGGGUGCAGGAGACUGAGGCUGACUCUCCACCAGCAGAACCAGGUCGGGAGGAUCACAGAACAACCCAGGAGCAAGCCAAUCGGACGAGCAUUUGCUCUGGUGCAGCCAACCAGUGAUAGGCCUGCUCUGAAGCCUGAACCAAUCAAACCCUCUGAGGAGAAGACUGAAAAGGUUGAGGUCAUCAAGGUGUAUCUGGAGGAUCGUAGACAGGAGCAGCAGAGACACCAGCAGAGCCUCAAGAUGUUGUCAGAUGAAGUCUCCCAGAUACAGGAGGUGAGAUACUGUCUGAAGACCCUGAGGGAACAGAUGGCCACCAAGAACAAAGGACAACACAAGUUUCUUGCUAGUGGCUACGGAGUCAGCACUCCCUCCAAUCAGAACAUCUCUUCUUCCUCAAAGGGAGGAGCUAAAGAUGAUGGGCAGGGAGGGGAGGAUGAGGUGGAGAGGGACAAGAUGAGGGAGGUCAGUAAGCGUCUGUAUGCUCAGCUACAGGAGGCCGAGAAGAAACACCAGGAGGAGAGAGCGAGACUGCAGGCUGAGGGUGUGGAUCUGCGCCAGCGUCUGGGGGAGCAGGAGGAGAAGCUGAAGGGGGUGGAGGAGAGUAGUGAGAGGAAGGACCAGAGGAUUGAGGAGCUCCAGAGGCUGCUGGGAGGCAUGGCGCAGGAGAGCCAAGCCCUACGAGACACACUGAGGAACAGAGAGGAGGAACUCAGAGAAUUACGCAAGAUCAGAGAGGAGGGCAGGAACGAGGAGCAGAGGUCAGAGCAGUUGGAGAAGGAGCUGGCCAUUCUGAAGGAGAAGAUCCAUCAUCUAGAUGACAUGCUGAAGAGCCAGCAGAGGAAAGUCAGACACAUGAUCGAACAGCUGCAGAACUCUCGUAUGGUGAUCCAGGAGAGGGACCGUGUCAUCAGAGAUCUGGAGGAGAAGGUGGCUUUCCUGGAGGCAGAGAACCGGGAGAUGCAUGAUCAGAUGGACUACUUCCUGGGAGGUGAAAGGUCAAACUCGCACCUCUCAUCAGACCGCCACGCCCAGAUUGUCUACAGUAAGCCUUUGAAGCCCAGCAACUCGUCCAACAAGCCUCUUCCCUUCAUCAAAAUCAUUGAGACCAAGUCCUGAACUGGUGAAAGCGAGGGAGAAGGUUAACCUAACGACACCAAACCUGCUAAGCUAAACAACAACGGACUGAAAUAGACCACCACCACAUUACUACCACACCAACAUCACAAUGCACGUAUGAAGUUUAAACUGAGGUGACCACAACAUCACAUCAACUGACCACCAGCUAUGACCAUCACCCACCCAUGGCCACACUCCUUCGAUAGGACACUAUGCAGUGUGUGUGUGUCAGAGGAGGCUGGUGGAAGAAACUAUUUAUUUAUUCAUAGCAGACAGAUUAUUCUUUCUAACCCAGUGUCAUAAUCUAUUGUCAUCUGUUGAAGUCCGUCUGAAGGACUUUACUACUGACAGAGAGGACCAGAGACAGUGUGAUAGCAGUACCCUGUGGUUAGUAAGGGUCUGAUAACAGACCGAGUCUUUGGCCUCAGAGAGGAGGCAACCGUGCCAGGCUGGGCCAUAACAGAGAAAUAAAAUGGCCGAUGAGUGAGAGGGGGAUCGAAGAGAGAGAUGGGGGGGUAAGAAAUCUGUAUUAAACUAAUCAGAACACAACCAGUUUGUCAUAUUUUUACCAUGGCACCAAGGCAAGAUCGAGUGAGUGUUGCUACACUAUAUAGGUAUUGGAGAAGCAGAAACACAUUAAGGAUAGAGGAUAUAGUUUUCCAUCAAACCCUUCUGUAACCCAUUAACCUACUUCCUGUGUCUGUGGCCUAGAGUCCACUGUUAGAAUCCUCUUUAUUUGACACCUGAAAGGGAGGAAGACAAUCUUUGACUUUUUGUAAAUAUACUUUUAUGGUCACGUAACGACCACAGUGAAGUGUCAUGGUUUAUACAAAGUUAUGAAGGCCAUGUUUGUUAUUUUGUUCGUUGAGAAAGUGGGAUGUUUGGUCUAGUAUGUGUGGAUUAGAAGUCUUCCUCACCAAUACUGAUGUCACUUUAAAGUCUAAAGGAAAUGAAGAUGAUUCAUUCUGACAAGUACUUACUAACCUUGCAAGAAGUCUUGUUGACAUGAUCCACAUUUUUGCAUGCAUUUCAGUUACCUGACGUUUCAUCCACUAUCACCAGCUUUGUACACAACUAUAUGUAUUUGUUUAUGUGGUAUUCUUUGAUGUCCCUGUAGUCUCACUCUGGGAUUUGUUUGUUAAUUUUAUCCUUCAGACAGGAAUGUUUGGCCUGACACUUAGUGUGUGACAAUCAUCUUUAUGUAUUUAUGUGAAAAUACAACUUUCAUUUUAGGGAAACCAUUUUCAGUAGACAUUUUAGUGUGUGUUAACAACAUAUAUACUUUGUGUUUUAUUUAUUUUAAUAAAUAUAUAAAAAC